UUGCAACGUACUGUACAGUUUAAAUAAUUUAAUUAAAUACCUUUUUGACUGUAAUAAUCUUUUUGAGCUUAUAUAUACCCCCAGCCAGCCAUGCCAACAUUCAUCCUCAAACUAAUUCUCCAACAGAAAAUUAACACACAAUUCCACCUCGAAAACUGUGUUUGUUUGUUUUGAUUUGAAGUUUGAACGAAAGGAAAAAAAUGAGCAAGACAGGUCAACAACAACAACAGUACCUCAACCAAGUCUCCAUUAAUGUACCCCCUCAGCUUCCCUCCAAGUGUUUCGACGACGAUGGUCGUCUCAAAAGAACUGGGAGUGUUUGGACGGCGAGUGCUCAUAUAAUAACUGCUGUGAUUGGUUCGGGUGUUCUGUCAUUGGCUUGGGCUACCGCUCAGUUGGGUUGGAUUGCGGGUCCCACUGUCAUGUUCUUGUUCUCUUUUGUCACUUAUUACACUUCUACCCUUCUCGCCGCUUGCUACCGCUCCGGCGACCCCGACUCCGGCAAGAGGAACUACACCUACAUGGACGCUGUUCGUUCCAACUUAGGUGGAUUCCAGGUUAAGCUCUGUGGUGCAAUUCAGUACUUGAAUCUGUUCGGAGUUGCUAUUGGCUACACCAUUGCAUCAUCUAUAAGCAUGAUGGCAAUUGAUCGGUCUAAUUGCUUCCACUCGAAAGGACACGAGAGCCCGUGCAGAGUUUCGAGCAAUCCGUACAUGAUUGCGUUCGGUGUUGUGGAAAUCGUUUUCUCACAAAUCCCGGAUUUCGAUCAGAUUUCUUGGCUUUCUAUUGUGGCCGCCGUUAUGUCGUUUACUUACUCCACCAUCGGUUUAGGCCUCGGUAUUGCAAAAGUUGCAGAAAAUGGAAAAAUCAAAGGAAGCCUCACCGGGAUAAGCAUCGGUACAGUCACCGAAACGCAAAAGAUUUGGAGAAGCUUCCAAGCUCUCGGCGCCAUUGCCUUUGCCUAUUCUUACUCCCUCAUUCUCAUCGAAAUUCAGGACACGAUAAAAUCCCCUCCGUCGGAAUACAAGACGAUGAAAAAGGCGACCCUUUUAAGUGUAGUAGUAACAACAGCCUUCUACAUGUCCUGUGGUUGCUUCGGCUAUGCAGCGUUCGGAGACUCGUCUCCAGGAAACCUCCUCACUGGCUUCGGCUUUUACAACCCUUAUUGGCUUCUCGAUAUUGCCAAUGCGGCAAUUGUAAUCCACUUAAUCGGUGCGUACCAAGUUUACUGCCAACCCCUCUUCGCCUUUGUCGAAAAAACCGCUCGAGAAUGGUUCCCACACAGCGAAUUUAUCACGAAAGAAAUCGCGAUUCCGAUUCCGGGCUUGAAAUCUCUCAAGCUCAAUCUCUUCAGGCUCGUUUGGAGAACCGUUUUCGUGAUAAUCACAACUAUUAUUUCCAUGCUCAUGCCGUUUUUCAACGAUGUUGUUGGGAUUUUAGGGGCGUUCGGGUUUUGGCCGCUCACUGUCUAUUUCCCGGUCGAGAUGUACAUUAAGCAGAAGAGGAUCCCAAAAUGGAGUCCGAGGUGGUUGAGUCUACAAAUUCUGAGCGGUGCGUGUCUGAUGAUUUCGAUUGCCGCUGCAGCUGGUUCGUUUGCUGGUGUGGUUUCUGAUCUCAAGGUUUACAGGCCUUUCAAGACUACUUAGUGGUAAUUACUGAUUAGUGGAGUUCUAAUCAUCAAUUUAGUAGAUGAUGCAUUUUCAAGAAAAGGGGAAGGGUAUUAAAGAAAACAAGGAUUAGGGUUUCCAUUUAGUUGAUGUGUUCAUACCUAAAAAAGGGGUUGUUUGAUUUCACUGUAUUAAAGAAGGAGAAAUUAUAUAUAGAUAUACAUAUAUGUGUAUGUAUUAAUGUGGAAAUCAAGAUUCAAGACCCAUAUUUUCUUCAAUGUAAUUUGUGUCUAUUUCUCAGUCGAAAUAGUGUAUAAAUCAAUGAAAAGUCCUCAAGGAACUCUUCUUCUA